AUGUUACGCGGACCGGUAUGGCUACGAUCGACCAUGGCCGGCCAGAUUCCAACUUUGGCGUCUACCACUCGAGCUCGAGGGAUGAGAGAAUACACGCCGCGCCCUUUCAUCCGACCUUGGAUCGAGCUAUCCGCCAGAGAGACCCCCGCGGCCGCCUAUAGAGAUACAUCUUACUACCGGAAGGCCAACAGAAACCGACAAAGCACAAAAAGGAGGAAGCACAUAUUACUCGCAACCCGCUUCCAAAUACAGCAAUGCCGACAGAAACCACCAUCUGGUCUUACGAUCAAUCUACCGUUUAGGGUUGUACUAGCGGGAUUGAGUUGGAGUGAAAAAAACUUGGGACAGGGCUAG